AUGAAAAGAAGAUAAAUAUAAGCUGGAAGUCCAUUCGAUGAAGCAUAAAGUAUAUUGGGAGAUCCAUUAUGGUUAGUUAAUUACGCAAUUUAAGUACCAAACCAACCUUUCCAGGAGCCAGUUCAGUCUAAUUCAUAAAUAAAUGUACCUACCAAUCCCAAAGUUAAGGAAUUAGCACCAAUUUAAGAAAUUGAUUUUAGAGAAGCAUUACUUCAAGUAAUAAUCUUAUACUUUCAACAAGGAAAUUGAUAGUAUGUAAAAACAGGAAACAUAAAGUACUCCUUAAGUUUAAUAAUAAAUAUUUCAAUCAUAAGAAAAAAUUACUCCUCAACAGACCUAGACUACUAUUUAAUAAACUUAAUAAACUUAAUCUAAUUAAUAAUUGAGUCGAGCAUAAUAAUUAAUUUAAUAGUCAUAAUAAUUGAUACAAAGAAGAAGAUAACCAAAAUAAUAAGAAUAGCAGCAUUAGAUGUAAAAAACUAAUUUAUAAAAAGCGAUACUAAUUAGAAUUAGUAAUAAUUUAAUACAUCUCCUAAUUAUUAACAACCUAAUUCUAAUUAAUCAGUAAAAAUUGAGGAGAAUAUUCAAAGACCGUAAAUUUAAACUAUAGAACAAUAGGAAUUAUAAUAACCAAAGUAAUAGUAAUCUCAAUAAUAACAAUAAUAGCAACAAUUAUAAGAAUAAAGUUAAUUCUCAUAAAAAUAAAAUCAAGAUUUAAACUUUUAGCAAAUGGUUGAAGUACCAAAUGAUUAAUAAUUAAAAAAGUCAAUUGAUCCUCCAAAUACUUAAUUAAAUGAUAAUUAAAAUGAACAAAUAUAAUAAAAUUAAGUCUAAAAAACCCGAUAAUAGAUUCCUGUUCCAAAAAACAAAGAAACUGAAUAAAAGCAAAAUACUUAAAUUAUAGAGAAUGUUUUUAAAGAAUAAUAACCCUAAUUAUAAUAAUAGAAGAUGAUUAUUAAUUAGAAUAAUUAAAACCAAUCAUCAGUUAUAACUGCCUAAACAUUUUAUCAUGGGCUAGUAAGCUAUGAUAUAUGUAAUUAUGAAUAAUAAUAAAUUAGAAUCAAAUUAAAUCACUAAAUUACGAUUUGGUUCUAUUGCAUCUUAAUAUCCAGGUCCAUACUUUAAGAAUAGAAAUCCAGAUAAUUUAAGAUAAUUGCGAUAUUUUUGGUCUUCAUAUAAUCCUAAUAAUGCAUUAUUAUAAUUAGCUAUAGAUCAUCUUGAAAGACCAUUAGAAAAGAAUAGCGCUUUAUAAAUUAUUGAAUCUAAAUUACUUAAUAAUUAAAGUGGAUUAGCUUUUGUUGAAGUAAAUAUAUUUAUUAUGAGAUUAGGCAUAUGAAAGAAUACAUAAUUAAAAUGAUUGGGAAACUAAACUUUUAGUAAGUAUAUUAGAAGGAGAAUUAAUUAAUACAAAAUAAUAAUAGAGUUUAAUUGAAUAUAUAAAAAAGAGAUCAUAUCAUGAUGAUUAAGAGGCUUGGUUGAUUCGAUUAGCAGUUUUGCUUAAGAUGGUUCCAAUAGAUUAAGACUAUUAUUCUGAAUUACUUAUAUAAUUAUAGCAUUUAUAUUCAAAUGAAUAGAUUUAAGCUAGAUUAUUGUGGAUAUUAUUAAAGAUGGAGAUUCAAAAUACUUAAUUAGAUGUAUUUUUGUUAAGUUUUUUUACCAAAUUAAAUUAUAGUUUAUGUCAUUCAGAAAUUUAAUUAUUAUUAGGAGAUUCUCAUAUGUGUUUUCAUAAUUAAUAGAAUGCAGAAUUAUAUUAUAAAUUAAGUUUGCUUUUUUUAGAAUCAGAAAAUUAUGAUAAAGCAUUAGAAUGUGUCAAAUUCUCAAUUGAUUUGGGUUAUCAUUCAAAGGCAAGAGAUUUGAGAGAAAGAAUUCUAUAUGUUAUAGAAUUAAAAGAGAAAAAUAAAUCAAAUACUAAUAACAAUUCAAAUGGUGGUCUUUUAGGUUAUUUUGGGUAGGCUGUAAAUGCUGUAAAAAACAUAUAAAAAUAACCAUAAUCAUAAUAAUAAUAAAGUUAUUAACCAUAACCUUAGAACUUUUAUUAUGAUAAAUAACUAAAAGCAUAUGUGAUAAAUGGUGUUCCAUAAAUAGCUCCUCCUGAAGAGGAAUAAAAGAAAGAAGUGAUAGUGACAGCACCUCCUCCACCUAGAAGAAAGAUUGAUCCACCUAAACCAAUAGUACAGGAUGAAUAAUUGACUUAAUCAACAUAAGAAAUAACUGAAGAUCCUUUUGCAACUUAAUCAUUAACUAAUUAGUCAGAGCAUAAUAAGAAAAAGAAUAAUUUAUUGAGGAAUAGAUAUGUUUAAUGAGUAUAA